GUUCAACAUCAGCUGUGUUUUGAAUGCUUAACCCAAAAUUUUACAUAAAUUACUGCAAACAAAGCUCUUUUUAACAUUCAAUGUCUGUGAAUUAGAAAAACUAUAAAAAUAAUGUGGAUUUUUUCGGGUCCGUUGACUCGUCAGAUAACCAAUCGUGUAUUUUUGUAUAAGCGAACCCAACUAUUCAAACAAUUGUUCUGUACUGCACCGUCAAAUCCAAUAAUACCCGAUGAUGUAAAGUAUCCGAUCGCAAACAAGAAGCUCAAAGAUUAUUUGGAUAAUUUGAUAGCAACACAAGCAAAUCUAAAGCAUAAAAAUGGACCACUGUUAAAUCGACUAUUGCAACGAUAUGAGUAUCGUCUAUCAAUCGUUGAUCAAUACAAUGAACUGGCGCGUGAAAUGGUAAAUGAAUCGAAUAAAGAGAUUGUUGCCAUGGCCACUGAAGAAAAGCAAAAUUUUGUCGAUACAUUGCUGGAAAUCGAUGUAGAUCUAGUUGACGAAGUGAUUGCACUGAAUGAAAAUGAGCCAAACGUGAGUUCGCUUAUGCUUGAAGUGCAAUGCGGUGUUGGCGGCCAAGAAGCGAUGCUUUUCGCUCGUGAACUGUUUACCAUGUAUGAAAAUUACGUGAAAUUCAGGAAAUGGGACUAUAAAGUUUUAGAACAAGCCAAUACUGAAAUGGGAGGCAUUCGCAGUGGUUCGAUGGUGGUGCAAGAAUGUGAUGCAUAUGAAAUUUUAAAAAAUGAAGCCGGCGUUCAUCGUGUACAACGUGUACCAAAAACUGAGCGCAGCGGUCGCAUGCAUACAAGUACAGCUGUCGUGACUGUAAUUCCUUGUGAAGAUGAUAUUAAAAUCAAAUUGAAUUCGAAUGAUAUACGCGUUGAAACGAAACGUGCGAGUGGUCCGGGUGGUCAAAAUGUCAACAAAUCCGAAUCAGCCGUUCGAAUUGUACAUAUUCCAACGGGCAUUGCGAUUGAAUGCCAAGAAGAUCGAACACAAAUGAAAAACCGACAAAUUGCCAUGCAGAAAUUACACAAUAAAUUAUAUCAGAUGGAAUUUACAAAGCAACUAUCAUCGAAAGAAAAUUUGAGAAAAUCACAAGUCGGAUUACGCACAAGGAACGAAAAGUUACGAACAUAUAAUUAUGCACAGAAUCGAAUAACAGACCAUCGCGUCAGUGGUACGGCUGGUACAGCACAUAAUUUAGACGAAUUUUUAACGGGCACCGAUGAUUUCGAUGAUUUUGUUGAAAAAUUGAAAAAAAAUCUAACGCGCCAAAAAUUAAAUGACAUUUUAGACGAAGAUAUGUAAAUAAAGAUUCACGAUUUUAUUGUUAUUAAUCAGAAUAAAUUGAGGAAAAAAUGUAAAAGAA